UUCUUCAGGAGAGAAUAAGCGCCAGAGCCCUCAGCUCUACUACUGCAGAAAAACCAGGGUCCUUCCCCUCCUUUUCUGGGAGUAGUAGGUUUCUUGACGUCAAGCCUUGGAAAUGCUGUAAAGCGCUUUGGCAUCGCUAGAGCUGUGGAGAGCUGAGGGAGAGGGAAGCUGGGAGAAGGGUAAGGAGCCAUUGUAGCAACAGCUUCAGGGGUUGGGUGGGUGGCGAGAAGUCUCUGGAGGAGAAGAAAGAGGAGACAGCUUAUUGGGGAACCAGGAGAAAGAGUCAGAAAGGACCCUGCAGCUCGGGAUUGAUAGCCCUGUGGCAGCAGUGCUGCAAAGAGGGGGUGGGGAGAGGCGAGAGGACGCUGCUGCAUGCAUGCAGCGCGCUGACUCCCAAAGCGUCCAGGGGGAAUGUGACAUCAGCGCCGGGCGCUGGCGGCUGAAAGAGGCAGCAGCGGCAGCAGCUCUCCUCCGAAGUGCCUCAAGCUCGGCGCCCCCUGGAGAAGACCCCCGACCCUUGCCCAGCGCAGGCAUGUCGGCCAAGGAGAGGCCAAAGAGCAAAGUGACUAAGGACAGCGUCACCUUACUUCCUUGCUUUUAUUUCGUGGAGUUGCCUAUCUUGGCCUCCUCUGUUGUUAGCCUCUACUUUCUGGAACUCACAGAUGUCUUCAAGCCAGUGCACUCUGGAUUCAGCUGCUAUGACCGGAGCCUCAGCAUGCCCUACAUUGAGCCCACACAGGAAGCUAUUCCAUUCCUCAUGUUGCUUAGCUUAGCUUUUGCAGGACCUGCAAUUACGAUAAUGGUGGGAGAAGGAAUUCUCUACUGUUGCCUGUCCAAAAGAAGAAAUGGGAUUGGAAUGGAGCCCAAUAUAAAUGCAGGAGGCUGCAACUUCAACUCUUUUCUUAGAAGAGCCGUCAGAUUUGUUGGAGUUCACGUAUUUGGACUUUGUUCUACUGCUCUUAUCACUGAUAUCAUACAACUGUCAACAGGGUAUCAAGCACCAUAUUUUCUGACUGUAUGCAAGCCAAACUACACAUCUCUGAAUGUCUCAUGCAAAGAAAAUUCCUACAUUGUAGAAGAUAUCUGCUCAGGAUCUGACCUCACAGUCAUUAACAGUGGAAGAAAGUCAUUCCCUUCUCAACAUGCCACCCUAGCAGCCUUUGCAGCUGUGUACAUUUCAAUGUACUUCAAUUCUACAUUAACGGAUUCUUCUAAGCUCCUGAAACCUCUUCUGGUGUUUGCAUUUAUCAUCUGUGGCAUCAUCUGUGGCCUAACACGAAUAACACAGUAUAAGAACCACCCGGUUGAUGUCUAUUGUGGCUUUUUAAUAGGAGGAGGAAUUGCUCUCUACUUGGGAUUGUAUGCUGUGGGGAACUUUCUGCCAAGUGAAGAGAGUAUGUUUCAGCACAGAGAUGCCCUCAGAUCUCUGACUGACCUCAACCAAGACCCCAGCCGAGCCUUAUCUGGUAAAAAUGGUAGUAGCAGUGAUGGGAUUGCUCAUACCGAAGCAAUCCUGAACCGAAACCCAAGAGAUGCAAGUUCACUGACAAACCUCAAAAGGGCAAAUGCCGAUGUGGAAAUCAUCACCCCACGAAGUCCCAUGGGGAAGGAGAAUAUGGUCACAUUCAGCAACACACUACCCAGGGCCAACACCCCAUCAGUCGAAGAUCCUGUGAGAAGAAACGCAACAAUUCAUGCCUCCAUGGAUUCUGCCCGAUCAAAGCAACUUCUCACCCAAUGGAAGAGCAAGAAUGAAAGUCGAAAAUUAUCCUUACAAGUCUUAGAGCCUGAGCCUGGCCAGUCCCCACCAAGAUCCAUAGAAAUGAGGUCAAGCUCUGAACCAUCAAGAGUAGGGGUUAAUGGAGACCACCAUGGGCCUGGAAAUCAGUAUCUGAAAAUCCAACCUGGAAAUGUCCCAGUAUGCAACAAUAGUAUGCCUGGUGGACCAAGGGUGUCUAUUCAGUCUCGACCAGGUUCAUCACAGCUGGUACAUAUUCCUGAGGAGACCCAAGAGAACAUAAACACCUCUCCAAAAACUAGCUCUGCUAGAGCCAAGUGGCUGAAAGCUGCAGAGAAGAGUGUUGCUUGUAGUCGGAGCAAUAGCCAACCCCGGAUUAUGCAGGUCAUUGCCAUGUCAAAGCAACAAGGAGUACUACAGAGUAGUCCAAAGAACACCGAAGGUAGCACAGUUACCUGCACUGGGUCUAUCCGUUACAAAACCUUGACAGAUCAUGAACCUGGUGGGAUUGUGAGAGUUGAAGCACAUCCUGAAAAUAAUCGACCAAUCAUCCAGAUCCCAUCCUCAGAAGGUGAAGGGAGUGGAUCUUGGAAAUGGAAAGCCCCUGAAAAAGGUAGUCUUCGCCAAACCUAUGAGCUCAAUGACCUCAAUAGAGACUCUGAGAGCUGUGAGUCCCUAAAAGACAGUUUUGGGUCUGGAGAUCGUAAGAGAAGCAACAUUGACAGCAAUGAGCACCAUCAUCAUGGAAUCACAACUAUCCGAGUGACUCCUGUAGAAGGAAGUGAAAUUGGCUCAGAGACAUUGUCCAUCUCCUCAAGCCGUGACUCCACAUUGAGGAGAAAAGGUAACAUCAUCUUAAUUCCUGAAAGAAGCAACAGCCCAGAAAAUACUCGGAAUAUCUUCUAUAAGGGAACCUCCCCAACACGAGCUUACAAAGACUGAACAAUGACCAUGGCUGUGGGCAAGUCCACCCCAAGAAAGAUCACAUGUCAAUAUCACUAGUGUUCUAUAUGUAUUUUUUUGAGCUGGUACAAAAAAAAAUAAAAAAAAAAAAACAAAAACUGCUCACUAUGCCAAGUCAUUCAUCAUCAGCCCACCUGUUGAUAAUGGGCAAGGAACUAUCAUUUGCAUGGGCUUUUGUAUUUCUUUUGAGGGGGGAGGGAACAAAGCACAAUGCAAGAACCUAACCAAUGUGAAGCAUUUUCUUAUAUCGUGUUUCUCUAGACCCAGAAACAUUGAGUAAUAAUUUUUAAAAAGACAUUUUAUUCUGUGAAUGUGCCAACUUUGGGGGGCUUUAGAUUUACACCUGGGAUCAAGAAUAUAUGUACAUGUAUAUGUAUAUAUAGAAAUUAGAUAGAUGUAUAUUUCAUUAUAUAUUGACUUCACCUGUUCCUCACCCCACAUUUGAUACCAGGUGGUGCUGUUCUAAUGUUAACAUAUUUGAACAUUUAAACUCUUAUUGAUCUGUGACAUGUUGGUGUGCAGUUCCUUGUAGAGAAGUACUGCUUUAUGAUGAGGAUGCUAGGUGCAUUGUCGUAGAAUAGGAAAUCCUCCUUGCUUCCUUGUAGUGGCUCUGUCACAUUAAAUGGUCAAGAAGGUCAUGUGUAACUUUCUUUGACCUUGUGCUUUCUGCAAAAGCCCUUGGUGGCAUUUCACUGAGAUGUCAUGACCAACCCUUCUUCUGAACAGUUUCAUUGCUGCUAAAUUUCAUCUAAAUACAGGUGCUACUAAUGAAGACCCUGCUUCUUAGUGGGUAAACUUGUAUGAUUGUUUUCAACAUUUUCUCCCACAGUUUUCUUUAAGGGACACAAUCCUCUUUGACAUCCCCAUGCCUUCCCCCUCUUGUCUUUCAGUUUUAUGGUUCUUUUCAUGAUUUCUUCUAAAAACUGGAGCAUUAUCAAUACUAUCCUGAACAAGAUAUGCUACUAUAUUCUUAGAAACUAAGGUAACCAAACCCAAACUUGGCCCUUAGUAGUUGCCAACAACUGAAAUAGUAAUGGUUCAAGACAACUCUUAGAAGUAAUUAUCCUACCUGCUUUGCUUGGCAUCUAGUCCACAUAGCUUUCCCCACUAAAAUGAAAGUUAAUUCCAAAUUCUUUGAUUUAGAACAUACUGGGAUUCUACAAGAAACUAGUUUAUGCCACAAUAAUUGAUUUUUGUAUUUCUUCUUUGUAAUAAAUUUUUUCCUUACACUCCAAAAGGUCAGGAUCUGAGAAAAGGGAAAUGAAUUGGUAAAUUAAAUAUAGUUGACAAUGCUCCUUUAGAUUGGUGUAAGACUCUUUGAGUGAACAUAGCAUAUGUGGGAGCUGCUUGUAAAGGAAAUGACCCAUCAAUGUCCCUUUUUCAACCAUGAAGACAUAAGCCUGCAUCCUGGGGUAUUAAUCCCAUCCACAGAGAAAUAUCUUAGAGAACUAAACUAAUUUUUAAAAUUUUCCAAAUAAAAGAAUUUACAAGUUUUUUAAAGUGUGAGUGACCAUUUGGUUCUCAGUGUUUAAUAUCAAAUGUUUUUUACUCACUUCCUAAGGAUUCAAACACCCUGGUUUGGUGAUGGUCUCUGGAAAAAUGCCUAUUGGCUUUGGCGUAGUUUAAUGCCCUAAUGAAGUGGGCAGGCAAGGUUUGUUUGUUUUAGGAGAAUGACACGUUCAGUCAUUAGCAGCCUCAAAAAGAGAAAGUGGGGGUGUAAGCUGAGAAACUUGUACACCCAGAGACAGUGAUGCUAUGGUAAAGGGGGCAGAAUUGGAAAAAAAUGGCAAUAAAACAAAGACUAAACAAGGUCCCUUCUGAUAAUUUAAUUCUCAGAGUGGGAGUGAAAUGUUGCCUUCCUCCCUCCCCUCUCCCACACCACCCAGUUUCUGACAGCUUGGAAAAGGGUGGGAAGUGGGUUGGUUUUAGUACUCUGAAAAAUAACUGCAUUAUUUCAGGUGCAGUAUAAUAUUUCCUAAACUUUCCUAUUUCUUAACAGAAGAUUUUAAAGUACUUAUGUAGUCAUUGGAGAGGUUUUUUUCUUUAAAUGAAUAUUGAUAUAUUAUUUUGUACUCAAAGUGCCAAAGGCUACAGUUUUUAAUAAUAAUUUAUCAAAUUAUAUGACAGUAUUAAAGAAAUAUAAUAAGAUAUUCAUUAGAAUUCAGACCUCUGCAUGUAUAUUUGAUAAGAUGUCUUUUGUAUAAAAUAAAAUAACCUUUGUUUACAUUCCACUGGGACCUUAAUUUAAAAGAUUCAAACCAACAGGUGGCAUCUCUUCUCAGUGUUCGAUUUGUCUUAUUUACUGAAGGGAGUGGUUCUUCCUUCAUUAGGUUGUGCUUUAAUGAGAAAAAAAGUAUUGAAUAAAGAAAAUUAAUUAUGUUUUUAAAUGAAAUAUAUAUCUAUAUACAUAUAGUAUUGUGUUUAAUAAAAUGUUAUGCAAUGUUUUCAAGACUGAAAAGAAGUUUGUAAAUUGGUAUAAAUGUAUUUUAAGUACAAAUUGAUGCUAUUGUGAGUUUAUUGUGCUACUAUCAUAGAAAUAAAUAUUGAAAUUCCUCACUGAAAUGAAGUCAUUUUAUUUUAAAUUCAAAACAGAGUAUGUGACUAGCAACUGGGUAAGAGGAUAAAAGUUGAAUAAAUCUUAAGCAACCCAGACAAAUUAUCAUAGGACUAGAACUGAAAGAAACCUUAGAGACAGUCUAGUUAUUUUACAGAUCAGAAAACAUGUCCACGCGAUAUACAAUUUACCCAAGACAAUACAAAGGUAAGAAACAGAGCUAAGAUUUGAACUCAGGGCCCAGAGUCAAGUUUUCGGUUCUAGUCCUAGCUUUGCCUCUAAGAAGCUUUAUAAAUUUGAAGAAGCUACUUAAUUUCAUCUAUCAAAUGAUGAAGCUGAAAUAGAUGAUUCAAAAGUUUUCAAGUUCUAUGAGUUUAGUAGGGGGAAAGCAUGGAUUUUUUUGGUUAGGGAAUAUAAAUAGUAGAGAUAAAAAUUGAUGGGCCGGGUUCCAGUGUGGAUUUUUUGUUUGUUUUGGGUUUUGGUUUUUUUUGUUUUGUUUUGGUUUUUUGUAGGGCAAUGAGGGUUAAGUGACUUGCCCAGGGUCACACAGCUAGUAAGUGUCAAGUGUCUAAGGCAGAAUUUGAACUCAGGUCCUCCUGAAUCCAGAGCUGGUGCUUUAUCCACUCUGCCACCUAGCUGUCCCCCCACCCCCAGUGUGCAUUUUUUAAAAGAGGAAAAAGAUAGUGGUUACAUUAAACAAUGAACCAGCCAAUUUCUAUAAAUCUCCAUUGUCAGGAGCCUCCUUUGGUCACUGUAGCUAUUGUACCAACUUGUCAGCAGUAAAGAAAAAUUUCUUCUAUAUGCCAGUGACUUCUCCCCUUAUAAGUACUCUUCUUAUAUGCUCCAGACUCUUGCGGUGCUGUUAUAACAGCCUUUUGUUACCUUGGGGGACCUUAACAAAAUAAAAUUUUCACAAGCAUAAAUAAUUUUAUUAAAAGGAGGUAUAUACAUAUAUAUAUGUGUGGUUUUAUUUAUGUUCAUACAUAUGCAUCACAUGACUAGAAUCAGGAUGAAUUUAAUUUUACGAUAUUUUAGAUUAACCUUAGAUGGUAGUUGAAAAAGCAUUGUAUUGAGAAUUGGAAGAGAACUCAGUGACCAACUGGUACAACCCUUCUCUGGAAAUAUAUUCUCAUUAUACUAUAUCUCACAAGUGUUCAUCUAACCUCUGCAUAACGACUUCCUCUAGGGGGGAAUCAAUGACUCCUGAAGCGGUCAGUUUUAUUUAUGGUUAGUUCUAAUCGUUCCGGAGUUUGUUAUUGUUUUUUUGUUGUUGUUGCUGCUGUUUUCCUGAAAU